AUCUUUAACCCCUUCUCAAUCAUCUACCUACCAUGGAGCCGGCCUCCUCGGUGAGGAACACCUCCACAGGAAGGGUCAUGCCUCCCGACUCCUUCGUCUUCGGCCCUCAGGCGCACCCAAAGUUCGACACCGUCACAGCAGCCUUCUUCCAUCAAGCGACAGCCCACCCAGAUGUCGUGGCGGCGCGGGAUCUCUCGGCCCGGCCCCCGCGCGAGAUCACGUACAGCGAUCUGGCGCGCCGCAGUGCGCGGCUCUCGCAUAGGCUGCGGCAGCUUGGCGUCGUCCCGGGCGAUCGGGUGCCCCUGGUCGUCAAGAGGGGCAUCGACAUGCUGGUCGGCAUUGUGGCCAUCCUCACGUGCGGCGCGCAGUAUGUUCCACUCGACGGCGGCGUUGUUCCAGACUCAUCGCUGCGUUUCGCUCUGGAACAAGCCGGCGGACACACUGUCUUGGCCCUGAGGUCCACUCGUCACCGGUUGCUAGACACGGGUGUGCGCAAUGUCUUGGCCAUUGACGAGCCAGAGGGCGUUGAGCAGGAUCUUCCUGAAAUGCACACUACUCCGCAGAACCUGGCGACUCCAGAUAAUGGCUGCUAUAUUAUUUACACGUCGGGCACCACGGGCACACCCAAGGGUGUCGACGUUACGCACCGUAACGUUACCAACCUGAUCUGUCUCUCACCCGGCAAUCUUGGAAUCACUAGUGGCAGUCGGGUUGGCCAGAUCCUUAACAUCAGCUUUGAUAUGGCCGCCUGGGAGAUGCUUGGCAGUCUCUGCAACGGAGGCACUUUAAUCCUGCGAGGCUCCAACUGGGCCGAAGCUCUUCAGCAGAUGGACGUUUUGAUUUGCACCCCCAGCAUUCUGGCCAAGUACAAUCCUCAAGACUAUCCUAGCAUCAGGACCGUCGCUACUGCAGGAGAGCCAAGCUCUCAAAGGCUUGCCGACACCUGGGCCACGCAUGGCACGUACUACAACUGCUGCGGUCCGACUGAGACCACCAUUGUCAACACCAUGCACCCGCAUGUUCCUGGACAACCCCUGUCGAUCGGGAAACCCACGCCGAACAACAACGUCUAUAUCCUUAGCGAGGACGGCGUCCCUGUGGCCGUCGGUGAGCCGGGCGUCAUGUGGGCCGGGGGCCUCGGUGUGACUCGUGGUUAUGUCAAGCUGCCGGAGAAGACGGCGGAGAAAUACCUGCCUGAUCCAUUCAAAAACGAUGGCUCUAUGAUGUACAACACCGGUGAUCUCUGCCGCUGGAUGCCCGAUGGUACCAUCGACAUCCUCGGUCGUGCAGAUGACCAGAUCAAGAUCAAGGGCUUCCGGGUUGAGCUGGAUGGCGUGACUGCGUCGAUGAACUCUUGCCCCGCCGUCGGCCGUGCCGCGGCCCUCCUAAUCGGCGACGCCAUCCACGGCUUUGUUACCCCUGAACACUGCGACCUCGAUGUUCUCAGGGAACAUGUCAAGGGCCGGCAGCCGUACUACGCUGUGCCGAGCGAGUUCCACCGACUCGCGGCGUUGCCUCUCACGCCCAACGGGAAAAUCGACAAGAAGGCGCUGAAGGAGAUUGCUGCGGUGCCGGCUCAGGAUGACACGGCCACCAUCUGCGAGAAGGCCUCCGCGAAAUCUAUCCACUCCAAGAUCACGAUGGUGGAGAAGACGCGUGAUCGGGCUGAGUCGUCGGCCUCCAGCAUGACCGAAGUCGACUCCUCGGCCUCGAGCGUCGCCGAGGUCGAUUCUUCCGCCUCGAGCAUGACGGAGAAGGUCGAUCUCGAUGACGAUAUCCCCGACAAGAAGCGCCGCCAACCUUUCCGCGGCCUCUGGCACCGGGUGCUCAUCGUUUACCGUCGGCUCUUCACGCUGGUCGGCCUCUUCAACAUCGCGGCUGCCGUGGCUCUCGUGCUCACCGGCGUCCAGCGGGAGUGGCUCAGCACGCUCACUGCCAUCAACUUGGUCACGGCCGUGCUGAUACGGCAAGACUUUGUGAUCAACGCGCUCUACACCAUUACCUGCAGCGUACCGACAUCCUGGCCCCUUUUCAUCCGGAAGCGCUGCGCCAAGAUCUACCAUCUCGGGGGCGUGCAUUCGGGCGCUGCCGUUUGUGCCGGUCUCUGGCUCCUCGCCGCCAACGUCAGCGAUGAAGUCUGUCUGUUCACGCAGUGCAACGCCAACGGCUGGGACAAGGCGUCCCUGGCGGCCAAGGUGAUAUCCUGGAUGUUGUCGGGUCUCUUCGUGGUCAUGUUUGCUCUCGCCUACCCGUCUAUCCGGAAACACUACCACAACCUGUUCGAGAAGACGCACCGAUUCGUCGGCUGGACCAUGCUCGGCCUCUUCUGGGUCCAGGUCGUCCUCGCGGCCAACGACACGCGCGGCGACCUGCGGCUCGGUGCUGCCUGCAUCCGCUCCCCGCCUUUCUGGCUGCUGGUCGUGGCGACGCUGAGCAUCGCCUCCUCCUGGUUCUUCCUGCGCAAGGUCCCCGUGGACGCCGAGGUCCUGUCCAACCACGCGGUCCGGCUGCACUUCGACUACACGGUCCCCGUCAACGGGUCGUUCAUGCGGCUGUCGCACCGCCCCUUGCUCGAGUGGCACUCGUUCGCCACCAUCCCCGCGCCCGAGGCCGUUCACGGCCGGCCGAAAGGGUACUCCCUCGUGGUCUCGGCCGCGGGCGACUGGACCAAGGCGUGCAUCGAGAAACCGCCCUCGCACGUCUGGGUGCGAGGCGUGCCGGUGUGCGGGGUGAUGCGGAUCCUGACGCUGUUCAACCGCGUGGUGCUCAUCGCGACAGGAUCGGGCAUCGGGCCCAUGCUGGGCCACAUCCAGGACCCUUCGUGCGAGAUGCGGCUCAUCUGGUCGACGCCGCGGCCCGAGGUGACGUUCGGCGAGAAGUUUGUGGCCACGAUUCGCCGGCACAGCCCCGACGCGGUGAUCCACGAUACCAAGGCGCUGGGCCGGCCGGACUUGGUCAGGAUGGGGUAUAACCUGGCCAAGAGCAUCAAGGCGGAGGCGGUAAUCAUUAUUGCGAAUGAGAAGAUUACCAAGAAGGUUGUUUAUGGCCUUGAGACGCGGGGAGUCUCUGCCUAUGGUGCCAUCUGGGACAGCUGAGCCGUUCUCAUUCGGGUGUAUGGUCUUGAGUGUCAGGAAGUUUGAAAAGGGGCGUUAUUUAUUUCUUGCUUGGGAGGGAUUGAUUGAUACUUUGGAGGUUUGCUCUUGUCGACUUCUUCUGUCUUUGGUCAGCGAGUCUUGUUUUUCGUUGUUUUGCUAUUGGUUUUUGUUUUCGCUUGUAGAGGUCGGGUCAUGCUUUUCCACUGUCUACUCUUAUUCCGCUGUUAGCGAAUGUUUCUGUUGGCGUUCGCGUUCUCUUCCAUUUCUGCUCACUUUCUGUCAUUUGCUGUGGCAGAGUUAAGGAGAUGGUGGUAUAGCAGGCAGAUAUCCUCUUGUAUUCAGGUUGGCAACUUGGAGUCUUGAGUUAAUAGCAAC